AUGAAGUUGAAUCUCUUCAAGAAUAUCGAGAAAAAGCCAUCUUCAAUAGUAGCAAUGGCCUCAAACAACAGUACAAUUGUGAUAUUCAGGAAAAACAGAACAGUGGAGUUGGUAGACUCCCGAACACUCGGAACAUAUGUCACAAUGGGGUUUGAAUACAAGGUUGUUUCCAGCAAGUUCAUCGAUCAAUAUGUUGUAGUGUGCGGAACUAAAUGCGAGAAGCUUGCUUUUUUCAAUACUCACACGCUUGAGACAACAUGCUUAGAUAUCAAUGGGCUUCCUCUUGCAAUUGAUGUCAGGCAAGCAUCGCCUGAUUGCAGAUGGGGCCCUGUGUAUUAUUCAAUUGGCCGAACAGUGUAUGAAUGGAAAGACUACGAAUCGAAUGUUUUCUACCAUGGCACAACCGAAACAACCGCAAUGCUUGCUGCAGAGAACGAAAUACUGAUACUAGGAGAUGCAGAAGGACGCAUUAGGGCACUGAAAGACAGAAAAGUGAUGUGUGAGAUGCACACGUCCCGCAAGAGAAUAAAUAUGAUAUGCCAUGUGUCUGGAAAUUCAUAUGCAUGUGUGAGUGACGAUGGAAGUUUUUCAUACUUCGAUGUAGAUCUUGGCAUUGCUCUGCAGACAUCGGCAGUAAGGCAAAGCCCGCUUAAUGUAUGUGCAUACGUUAAUGAUAAGCUUCAUUUUUGUGGAGCAGACUCUCGGGUGAUAGCAUUUUCAAGGACUGGGAUGAAGUUUAUCAAGUCAUACCAAAUAGAUACGCACUAUGCAGAAGUCAAGAACAUUGUGGUGGACAACGGACGAAUAGUCACAUCUGGAAAGGACACAAUACUAAGCAUUGUAUGGCCCGUUUCCAACAAGUAUUUGGAUAACAAAGUGUUCCACAAGGCAGUUGAGCUUGGUGUUUCCAGCAUAGGCAAGGAAUUCUACAUCAAUUGCAGAUCGUCGAUUGAAUUCUAUUCGUUUGAUGAGAGAGGCAGCAGUGGAAGUAACAGCACUGGCAGGGUUAGAAGAGGAUAUAGCAAGCUGAACAUGGCUAACAGCAGCAAAGGAACAUUCAAGCUUUCUGAAUCUUCGGUAGAGAGGAUUGGGUACAGGAGACAACAGUACAGACAUCCUCUUAGAAUUACUGUUGAUGGAAAUGCACUGUGCUCAAGUGUUUCACCUGACUUCACACAUCUUGCGUACUCGAAUGCAAACGAAACCAGGGUUCUGGAUCUAAAUAUUGCGUCAAAGACACGAGCAAGCAUAAGGAGAGACAGAUACGAACCUGCAAAUAGACUUAUAAUGACAAACGAGCUUAUGAUACUGCAAAACUAUAAAUACGAGGUUGUUUUGAUAAACAUGAAUUCAAACGAAGUUGUCAGAAGGAUUGGGUUUGAUAACUACAAGGAAUAUGUGCAUCUAGUUAGGGAUGUGAUAAUCCUGAGCCAUUCUAAAAAAGUGUACUCUGUCAACGAUGCAAAAGAUGCGUGGACACUGAAUGUCGAUGGAGAUAUGAUUGGAGCAUGCGAGUGUGAUGAAGAGACAUUUAUUGUUUUUACUAUGCUUAACUGCCUUGAUGCAAAAAAGAAGUAUGUUGUUUAUAGAGUGGCAUUUGAAGACCACUUUUCUUCUCAGAUCAAGACAUUUGAGAGCUAUGCUUUGAUAACAUCUGUCUCGUGCCUGGAUGGCAAAAUAGCAUUUACAAAUAACAACUCAAUACAGAUACUUGACGAAGAGAUGAGGGAGGAGAAGUAUCCGCUUGGAUCGAUAAUAUAUGGAUGCAUGGGGAUGAAGGAAGAGGCAAUUGCAAUCCAGGAUUCAUGGAGUAACGUAAGACUGAGGCUACCGUCUGGAGUGUUCAAAGAAAAAUUUUCGAAUAAAUAG